UUUGUUUCCUCCUAAAUUCAAUUUUACGGCGGCAGCUGGACCGUAGUAAUUCUUAAGCUUCGCGUCCGAAUUCCGCAGCCGGGGCCAAAAGAGGAAGAAAACAGAGCAAGCGGAAGCAGGGAGGAUGAAGCAGGCCGUGAAGCAAGCUGCGGUGGUGUUUGGGUCACUGGCCUUCGGAUGGCUGGCCAUUGAGAUUGCUUUCAAGCCUUUCCUCGACAAGGCUCGUGCCGCCAUCGCCAAGUCUGACCCUGAACACGACCCAGACGACGAUGAGAAGCUGGACGACUCCUCCUCCGCCGCCGCUGCUGCUAAAACAGAGUCUCCUGCCGAUGGUGUCUCCUCCGACGUCACGCCGGCAGCCGCCACCGAAAUAGCAACCGUGUAAAUCCAUUUAGAGCUUUACCCAUACGAGUUGCGUGCGUAGCUUUAAUUUUAUCAGUUUGUGUCAGUUGAAUAAACAUACGCGAGUCGACAUAAGGAUUUGAGGUUUCCAUGUUCAUAUGAUCUGUUGUUCGAUUUAUGUCGUGGGUCUGAAUUGCUUGCUGUGCUGUAAUCCCGCUUUGAUUUUGCUACUAUUUGUUAAACCCUAAAUACAUAGUUCUCGGUGAGAAUUUGUAAUGUAUCCAUGGUUUUCCGAAACCCUAGAAUCCCCAGGCGAUUGUGAUUGAAUCCUGAAUUAUGCGGCCAAGCAAUUUGAACCAGAUCAGAGAGUUUUUAAGUUUGAGACACAACACUGAAGUUCAGAAGGUGUUUAGGGUUAAGAGUGUAGCGGCCAGACUCCAUGUUUGCUUGGUAGCUGCAGUUCAAUGCGCCAUGCUCGUUCUCAGCGGGUGCUCUGUGCCUGCAGCGGAGAGUUGUUUGUUUCUCCACCUGAUUUGAUGAUCCUUUAUGUCACUGCACCUGCAUUUUCUUCCUUUGCAUAUACCGAGUCCUUCAAACUAAUCUUGCUCUCUGAACUUUCCUUGGUGGGUUGCGUCCAAGGUGAGUCAUGACUGUUAAGAGUAAAACCCAUGGCGUUUA